GUUGCGCAUAAGGCCAAUGUGCUGCGACUCUCAGACACCUUGUUCUUGAACUGUUGCAGGGAGGUUUCAGCAGCCUAUCCUCAGAUCCAGUACACUGAGCAACUCUGCGAUUCUUUGCUAACUGCUAUGGUCAUGCAUCCAGGCCGGUGGGAUGUGAUUUUAUGUGAGAAUUUGUAUGGUGACUUAGUCUCCGACCUGGCGGCUGGCUUGGUUGGGGGCCUUGGCUUGGCACCAUCAGCGCUGUAUGGAGACCAAGGGGUAGCCAUCUUUGAGCCGGCGCAUGGCAGUGCGCCAGACAUUGCAGGCAAGGGGAUUGUGAAUCCAACCUCCAUGUUGUUGUCCGCUUCGAUGAUGCUGGACCACUUGGGGGAGGUGGAAGCGGCCAGACGCCUGGAGGCUGCCUUGGCGACCAUCCGUGAGGGCGAAACCACUCCGGAUUUAGGGGGCAAGGCUGGAACCAUGCAGAUGGCGGAAGCGGUUGCGAAGAAGCUUCGUACGAAUUCAAAGAUCUAAGACUUUCUAAGAUGAUCGAAGAGGUUUGAAGGAGAUGGCAGAAUCUGAUAUCUGAGACGUUUGAAGGAGAAUCACAACUGUGGAGUUGCGUAGCAGAAGGCCAAAGCAGCCGAUAACCAACGCGAAUUCACGGAGAACAGGUUGGAUCAUGAUAGAUAGCUGGCUGCAGUGCUAGGUAUAUCUAUAUAG